GCGCGUAUUUUUGUUGCUACAACAAGACUCAGACAAACAAUGACGUCUGCCUGAAAUUGUCUGAGUGUACAUUUUGGUCAAUUAUGGUAAAGCGCUGUUGUUACGGUGUUUGUAACACCGACAGUCGGUACGAGGAUCGUCUUCAGGACGGUGUACGUUUUUUGCCAUUUCCGAAGAAGUCAAACAACUUAGAAAAAUGUCUGAAAUGGAUAAAGGCCUGCGGAAGACCGCACUCACAGUUCAAUGUUGAACGGAUAACGAGAGCAACUUACAUUUGUUCAAAGCAUUUUGUCAACAAAAAUGGGCCAACAGAAGAAUAUCCCGACCCGAUACCAUUUGAUGGACGAACUCCAAAACCAGCAAGAAAAGUCCUCACCAAAAGAGUGAUUGAAACCCCAAAAGCUGCACCAAACAGACAAGUGAAAAGAAAAUUGAUCUACAGUGAAACAUCAGAAAUUCAAACAACAGAAAUAACACCAGAUUCCAACAAAGAAAAUAUAUCACCAGAUUUUAACAAAGAAAACACUGUUGCUAUACAAACAGAAGGAGGAUGGGCUGACCCAAUUGAUAUUCUGUCUCUAACAGUGCAAAAGGAGAUUUUGGAGAGAGACCUUGCAAGAAAAAUAUUGGAUAAUGAAAAGCUAACAUUGAAUAAUGCAUCCAGGAAAUCCCAGAAAAUAUUUCAAGUUCAACAGAGGGAAAGGUCAAUUUUUUCAGCUGAAAACUUUACUAAAGAUGACAAAAUGUUGAGAUACUACAGUGGCUUUAACAAUACUGAAUUUAAUGCAGUUUUUAAGUUUUUAGUGCCAGAUUCAUCAAAUUAUCCCUUAAAAAUGUCAAAGAAUAUGAAGAUAAAGAUAAAAAUCAAGGACCAGUUUUUUUUUACAUUAUGUAAAUUGAGAAAUAAUUUGGACUUUACAGAUUUGGGAUACAGAUUUCAAAUAUCUACACAAGACUGUAGUUCACUUUUUUGUGACUGGAUAAAUUUCAUGUACUUAAGGUUUGGAGCAGUAUGUACUUGGCCGCCACGUGACAUGAUUAUUAAAAAUAUGCCUGAAAAUUAUAAAAGGGAUUUUCCUAAUACUUUGGCAAUAAUUGAUGGUACAGAAAUCAAAAUACAGAAGCCUUCUUCUCUGCAUGCACAGUCACAGUCAUAUUCAAAUUACAAGUCUACAAACACUUUAAAAGCUUUGGUAGCAGUUGAUCCUAGAGGGUCACUUUUAUUUACUUCAUGUUUAUUUUCUGGUGCUAUAUCAGACAAAGAUAUAUUUGAACAAUCAGGAUUAAAGAAGAUGUUACAAAACUUAGUACAACAUGGUCAUAUCAAGGAAGGUGAUGGUAUUAUGGCAGACAAGGGUUUUAAUAUUCAUAAAGAAGUUGAAGAUUGCAAACUAAAGUUAAACAUCCCACCUUUUGCUAAUGCUGGAUUACAAAUGACUCAAGCAGAUGCACUUUUAACAAAGAAGAUUGCUGCACAUCGCGUACAUGUUGAGCGUACUAUAGGUUCUGUGAAGAAGUUUAAAAUAGUUGGACAAAAAGUACCUUUAUCUUUGUUUGGACGUGUUAACCAGAUUUGGAAUGUAUGUUGUUUUUUAACAACUUUUCAAAAACCAAUUAUUCGUCGAAAAUAAUUACAUGUAUUUUAGUACAAUGAACAUGUGUCUGUUUUUUGUUCAUAUUUUCAAUUAAGGGCAUACAAUACAGUUUUGGUCAUAUAUUUACAAGUUGAUGAAAAUAUGCAUCUAGGCUAUUGUUUACCUGAUUAUAAAAUCAAAUAUGUUAUAAAAAAUAUACCUUCAUGUGGUACUUUUUGAGUAAAAUGAGGUAGAAAUAUUGUAUACUCAAAAUACAGAAUUCAAGCCGUAUUUUCUUUUUCAAAAGAAAGACAAAACUUUAACAUUUUUGUUUUAUAAGAUAAACCCAAAUUGUUUUUUGUUAAAUUAUCGAUAAUUUCUGUAUUUAUAAGUAUCCUAAAAAAUUAUGCAAUUUUUAUUCAGAAAUAACUCAUAUUUAUCAAAUGUUAAUGAAUUGAGAAAGAAAAACAUCAUUUUUUGCUGUAUGUUUGUCAAAAUUAAAAAAAAUCCACUUUUUACAGUUUUAUAAAUUUUGGGUCACACUCCUUGCAAAAUGGAACAAAUCGCCGUUUAAAAAAAAAGGGGUCCAUGAACUUGUUUUUAAGAUAAAUCAGUUUGAAUGAUAAAAAUCAGUUUUUCCAGACAAGUCAUAGUUUGACGUCGCAAAAAUAACAAUUUACAUUAACAACCUUAUUACCUCCCCUGUAACUGUAUCGUAUGCCCUUAUCUAAGAAUUUAGCUAAUUCAUUUAUUUUAAAUUCAGAACAUAAGGAUUUCAUGUUCAGGAUCAGGACCCCUCCUGUCCUCCCUCAUUAAUUAGCAUAUUGCAUUAAACAUUUAAGUAUAGUAUGCACUAGUUCAACCAAUAACUUGAAACAAAAGACAUGUACAGCUUACAAGUAUUUAAUACUCAGUCACAGUGGCGGAUCCAGAGGGGGGUUUCUGGGGUCAGUUAGAUUCAGCAUAUCAAAGAACCCCAGAACUUAAUUUUUGUUGAAGAUUAGUU